AAACAUGUUUUGAUUGUAUAAAAUUUAAAUCAACAGACCAAAAGUAUUUUUAAUUAAAUAUUAAUAUAUGCUCGUGUUUACAAUAUUGCUAUAACGAAAAAUUCUUAAGUCCGUAAUUGAAAAUUGCAAGGCAAACGAUAUGAAAAUUUUGGACACUUGUAAUAAGCUAUAAUAUGGAGUAAUAAAAAGCUAAAAAAUUGUAGUAUAUGCUGAAGUGGUCGUUUUAUAGAAUUGAGAAACUCAAUAAACGACAACGAGUGCAAGUAGAAAACAAUAGAAACCAUACAUAACAUAAAAUAACGAAUGACGACAACGCAACGCUACGUAGUCACAUUUUAGUUACUGCAACAUGGCAGCGGCAGAUUAGUGACAGCGACAACUAUAAAAUAAAGAACGUGAUAAAAGCAAAGUAAAUAAAAAAUUGUUGUGACGAUAAUACUGAACGCAACCACACAAAACGCAAGUUGUGAAAUUAUAACUACAAGUUGAAGGAAGUAAUUUCUAGAGAAUCCUUAUUACAAGACGACAACAAAAAAUUAUAUACUGCCUAUAAAAGUUUCACUUUCAAAGCGAAUCCAAGAAAACCAAACAAACAAACUAUUGCUCAGUAACAGAGUAGACUACAGAUACGGUUCAUUUAUUACUGCACAGAGUGCAUUUUGAAAAGUUCGCGUUGUUUGUGUCAUCAUAAUUGCAGAGCAUACAUACAAACUUCAGUAACUGUGUGUAAGAGGAAAAAUAGUAAGGAAAAGGAGUAGACGAACGUCGGAAAUGAAUACUGCAGCACAAUACUACAUAACAUUAAAUAGUCGGGUGUUUAAUUAAAGACGUAAAUUUGUACUAUACAUUGACAACAUUGAGACCACCAAGAAAAGGAAAAACUAUUUAAAUAGCAAAAUAAAUUGAAUUACUUAAAUGCUUGUUCGAUCAUCAUUACUUAACUGCCAAAACAACGCACGCUAGCUUAUAAAUUGUCCGUAAAUUGUAUACCAGCGUUUACGAAUACACAACCAUUUAUAUACACCUGACAAAUGUCAAAUAAAAUCAAUCCUAAACGUCGUGAAAUACCAACAGCUACUGGUACAGGAAAUUCUGGCACCGGCACCACGUCGGCAAACACAUCGUCAUCGUCUAGUUCUUCAUUGUCGUCCGCCGGUGGCGGUGAUGGUGGUAUGUCUGCGGAUUUAACAUCGCUAUUCGAGUGCCCGGUGUGCUUUGACUAUGUGCUGCCGCCAAUUUUACAGUGCUCCAGUGGACAUUUAGUAUGCGUUUCAUGCCGUUCGAAACUUACUUGUUGUCCCACAUGUCGUGGACCUCUGGCUAACAUACGAAAUCUCGCCAUGGAAAAGGUGGCAUCAAAUGUGAAAUUUCCGUGCAAGCAUUCAAGUUAUGGGUGCACAGCAUCACUACUCUAUACUGAUAAAACGGAGCACGAGGAGGCCUGCGAGUUCCGCCCAUAUUUAUGUCCUUGCCCAGGGGCCUCCUGUAAGUGGCAGGGUCCGCUCGAUCUAGUUAUGCAACACCUAAUGAUGUCGCACAAGAGUAUCACUACACUUCAAGGCGAAGAUAUUGUUUUCUUGGCCACCGAUAUCAAUUUACCCGGUGCCGUGGAUUGGGUAAUGAUGCAGUCAUGUUUUGGACACCAUUUCAUGCUGGUGCUUGAAAAGCAAGAGAAAUUCGAUGGCCAUCAGCAAUUUUUUGCUAUUGUUCAAUUAAUUGGAUCGCGAAAGCAGUCAGAAAGUUUCGUUUACCGCCUAGAACUUAAUGGAAAUAGGCGACGCUUAACUUGGGAAGCAAUGCCACGUUCAAUACACGAAGGUGUUGCAUCAGCUAUCCACAAUUCAGACUGUUUAGUGUUUGAUACAUCAAUUGCACAGCUUUUCGCAGAUAAUGGCAAUUUGGGAAUUAACGUCACCAUCUCUCUGAAAAACUCUGAAUGGCAGCAGACGAAAUCUCUUCGGCCUCUUAUUCGUUCAACCCUUACUGUGACUUUUCCUCCUUUUAAUCAAGUUUUUUUUUUCUUUUUUUUUUUUACUUCCAAUUAUGUUUUCGUAUUUUUUAAAUUAAUUUUAUACACAAAUUAAUCAAUACUGUGCAGGUAAAUGCUUUUGUACAUAAAAAAUCCUUAAGAUAGAUGUCCAUCACCUCAUAUGUAAUCAAUUGAAAUCAGUUUAAAUUACGUUUGUUGUUGUGAAAACGGAUCAGAAAUCUACUUUUAAAUGUAACAGAAACAAAUAUCAGAAUAAAAACAAUGAAGCCUUAACUUUAACUUAAGUGUGAAUUACUAUAACUACAUAUUUUUCAUAUCUCAAUUGGAUUUAUUUCAUUUUCCGGAAAAAUAUCAAAAGAAUAUUAUUUCGUAUUAUU